AGUGUAUCUAAGAAGCGGUAACAAUGUGAGUUUUCAUGUUUGGUUUAGCAUUUUUUGUGCUGUUACACUUUACGAUACUUAGCAAUAGUACGAGCGAGUCUGUGGGAGAGGACGAUUCGGCCUUGAUUAAAGCUUACGAGAAGGCGGUGAGGUCGUUUCGGGAGCCGGAAGCGGGAGAGGCCCCUGGGCGGGAGGGCGAGGGGGGCUCGGAGUCCGAUGGAGUCGGGGAGAGCGCAGAGGAUAUGAGCGCACAGUGGCAGGUGGGCUCCCGGUGCCGGGCGGUGUGGUCGGGCGACGGGCUGGUGUACCCCGCGGUGCUGCGCUCGGUGGCGGGCGGGCGCGGCCUGCUGCGGUUCGAGGGCUACGGCAACGAGGAGGAGGUGGAUCUGGACGCCCUCCUGCCCUGCGAGACGCACACACAGGGCUCGGAGGAAGAAGAGGACAGGACUCGCCCGGAGCUGCUGGACGCUGGCAGGAAGGGCAAGAAAGACCCGCCUGACAGGCAGCAGCGAGAGGACGCUGAGGAAGACCACGUAAGCAGCAGCACCGAGCCACCAAAAGCAGCGAAGGAGAGGGAGAAGGACAGGGCCAGGGCCUUCUGGGGAGAGAGCCGGGAUCGUGCUCAUCCCAGGAGCAGCCAGCCCUUCCUCUUCCCUCCUGCUCCUCCGGGGCAUGAUGGCUCCAUGGCUUUCCUGCCCCCACCCCCUCCCUGGGCGAGAGCCGAGGCCGCGGACGAGGACCUGGGGGCUCUCUCCAGCCUGCUCCUGUCCUGGUACCUGUGUGGCUACCACACUGGCAGCUACAUGGCCUCGAGACAGACACGGACAGCGGCAGGGAGAAAGCCCGCGAGGCCCAAGGCCACAUGGAGCCAGGGCAAGCCCACUCAGUAGAGCUGUGCUCUGCUCCAGCACUGCCCCUGCCUUCCUCGGGACGAUUGCCCACUUGCCUGUGGUUUCCACUUGUGUCCCCUGCUUCCCGUUUCACCGUCGAUUCUAUAAAGAAGCCCGUCGUAUCGUCCUUGCCACUGACAGAUUCCACCAGACACUUUCAGAGACUUCUAAGCUACAGUGCACUUGAUUGCAUUUUCUUCUUACAGAAGGGGAAUUAUGGCGGACAUCACAGUCAAACUGAACCGUUUGAGGAUGAAUGAACAAGGUUCUAGGUUUAUAAUGUACUGAUAUCACACACGAGUUGUCAGUUUUGACGGCAGGCCUGAAGGAUCUGCAAUGGGCACAAGGCAGGGUACACCCUGGGUGGGACGCCAGUGCAUUGCAGGGCACACGGACACGCUCACAUUAGAGCCAGUUUCCCCAGAAGCCAAUUAACCUACCAGAAUGGUUUUUGACAGUGAGGGGAAAACGGAGCACCCUGUGAACAUGUGGAGAACAUGCAGACUCCACACGGACAGCACCCCAGGUCUGGAAAUUGAACCCAG